AGUAGCUAUCUUCUUAGUUUAUUAUUUAAUGCAUUACUUCGCUUAUCCAUUUGAACAACUCAAUCGUUUGAUAACAUAUCUUAUCUAGUGUUAAAUUAUACUUAGGUAAUAAAAAAUAGUCAAAAUGAGUUGCCAAAUAGUCUUGAGUAACACAGGACCUUACAGUCCAGGAGACACAAUAUAUGGAAAAGUAGUAUGUAAUUUUAGAUCCAGCGAAAGAUUUAGAGGUAUUAUAUGCAAAUUGCGAGGAAGAGAAUGUACGUCUUGGAAUGAACGACAGAGCCAUUACGACACUCGUACCAAAAGAACAAAAUGGCGCACAGUUAAAUACACGGGCGAUAAUAAAUUUCUAGCGUUAAACAUAAACCUUAUGGGCGAAAGUACUUUGCCAGCUGGUUGCUAUGAAUAUCCUUUCACCUUCACGCUUCCACAACCUGGAAUCCCCAGUACUUUUACAAAUAUCUAUGGAUACGUUACAUACUACAUUAAAGCAAACGUAGAUAAAGCAUUUGCUAUUGAUUAUAUAGAUACAGUGGGAUUACAUGUGAUUGCACCAGUAAACUUUAAUUAUAUGCGACAUGAGCUACAACUGAAUCCAAUCACUUAUCAAGAUGAGACAACAAUGUGCUGCUUGUGUUCUGGAAACGGUGUUAUUACAAUGAACUUGUAUUUGGACAAGGAAGCAUAUGUAGCUGGUGAAAUAGCAAACAUUAAAGUGAUAGUGUAUAAUAUGUCCAAUGAAAAUUUUUCAGACCUAAUUUUAUCUCUAAAAAGGCAUACAGAAUAUACAACUACCUCACCAAAUACUCAUCACAAACAUGAAACUGAUAUUAUAGCACAUGCAUCAGAUACAGGAGUUGGUGCCCACGGCGAAAGAACGUACAAUCUCAAUUUUAUGAUACCAGCUACCGCUCCGAUAAAUAAUUUUUCUGGAUGCAGCUUAUUUAAGCAAUGGUUUGUUUUGAAAGUUAAAGGAGUGAUAAAAGGAUUUCAUGCAAACUUAGAAAUAUCCGCUAAUUUAAAACUGGGUCAUAUUCCAUUUCUUGGAAAUUCUGUUGGCUUACCUCCUGCACCAAGUAUGCCUUAUUAUGAACCAGGUGCACUUUCACCAACUCCACUAUUUAACCCCACAUCUAAUUCUCACCUUCCGGCAGACAAUCCAAUGGGUCAACCCUAUUCUGCAGGGCCUUCAUCGACCAAUUUUAAUGGCAGUCCAUAUGGAGAAAACGGUAAACACUCAGGAGAGGCACCUCCUUCUUAUGAAGAAAGUAUAAAACCAUCAGCACCAAGUUAGUUGUAAUAAACAUGAGAAAUAAAAACAUAUUAGUGUAAAA